AUGACAGCGCUGCGCCAGCGGAAGGGCAGCAAGGGGAAGGAGCAGCCCCCCCCAGGUGCAGAGUGCCAGCCCCAGCAGGCCAACUGUUGCCCCGACCACCACGCAGAGAGGGUGCUGCACGGUGAUUGGUCGUGGGGGUCAAUAGUGUGGACCUCUGUUGGCUGGUCUGUGUCUGUUGGUCUCGGGCUGCUCUGCUGUAUCUACAUGGCCACGCUACAUGAGAACGACCUUUGGUUCUCCAACAUCAAGGAAGUGGAGCGGGAGAUUUCCUUUCGGACAGAGUGCGGACUGUACUACUCCUACUACAAGCAAAUGUUGCAGGCCCCGACCAUACAGGAAGGGCUCUCUGAUUUGAUCCAUGACAACUUGACAGAAUCCAAGAGGACCAUUAAUCUCCUACAGCGAAUGAAUAUCUACCAAGAGGUCUUUCUCAGUGUUCUCUACAGAUUGCUGCCCAUUCAGUCGUAUCUGGAACCAGUGUAUUUCUACAUUUACACAGUGUUCUCGCUCCAAGCGGUGUAUGUGAUCGCUCUGUACCUCACAGCAUGGCUCCUCUCUGGUUCCUGGCUGGCUGGUGUGCUCACUGGGGUCUGGUACAUCCUCAACAGGGUAGAUACCACUCGUGUGGAGUUCACCAUCUCCCUCAGAGAGAACUGUCUUCCCUUCCUAGCACUGCAGGUCGCUGCUAUCACAUGUUACCUCCGGCCUCAGCUCACUGCCUUACAGCAGAAGGUGAUGGUGUGGUUGAUGUAUGUCACAACAUUCUGCUUCUGUCUGACGUGGCAGUUCAACCAGUUCAUCCUACUUGUUCAGGCCCUCAUCAUAUACACCCUGGACUGUAUCGACUUUUUAACAACUACACAGGUGACCACUCUGUACCUUGUUCAAGUGUGCGGUCUGCUGAGCGUGUGGCUCCUUCAGUUCUGUAACUCCAUGAUACUGGGAUCACUGGUCCUGAGCUUCAUCGUAGCUGCACUAUUCAUCAGACACUGCCAGUCUGGACUGAAGACAGGAAGCCUGCUGGCUCGUCUGGGCAAACUGCUUCUCCACACUGCCAUGGUUCUUCUCCUCACCUUCACCAUCAACUACCUAGCCAAGAGAGUUCUUCAGCUCAGAUCAGACGAGCACAUCUUUAAAUUCAUCAAGUCAAAGUUCGCCUUGGGGCAAACAAGGGAUUUUGAUGCCAGUCUGUAUCUGUGUGAGGAAGCCUUCGGCGUGCUGCCCCUGGACACACUGGAGCGGCUGGCUGGUACGCUCCUGCUGUAUCCCUACAUCCUCACCCUGCUGCUGCUCAGUGGCGUGCUGGUGGUGAGCGCACUGCAGAACCUGAGGGCUAAAGGAGGUUCAGUUGAGGAGAGGAAAGGAGCAGAAGGGCGCGUGAUUGCUCUCCGUCCAGAUGUGGCCUAUAACGUGUUGCAUACUCUUUUCUACGGUCUCCUGGCUAUCAGCACCAUGAGGAUGAAGUAUAUAUGGACUGGUCAUAUGUGUGCGAUCGCAGCAUAUGGUGUGUGCGGGACGGAGUUGUGGACUCCUCUUCUCACCACUGUCCGCUGCAACAGUAAAGUUCUGUUACGCUUCGUCAGAUAUGCAGUUCCACUAGCGAUGAUCGCCUGCCUGUAUUACAAGUUCUGGCCUAAGCUGAUGGAGGAGGUAUCAGAACUGAGGGAGUUUUAUGAUCCGGACACUGUGGAGCUCAUGACCUGGAUUAGCACAAAGACCCCUAAGGGGGCUGUAUUUGCAGGGAGCAUGCAGCUGCUGGCUGGCAUCAAACUGUGCACAGGCAGAGUUCUCACCAACCACCCCCAUUAUGAAGAUAAAGACCUUCGGGAGAGGACCAGACAGGUAUAUCAGGUGUACGCUCGUCAGUCCCCGGAGGACGUCCAUGAGAUCCUGAGGGCUGCCGGAGCCGACUAUGUGGUGCUGGAGAACAGCAUCUGUUACGAGAGGAGGCACAGGCGAGGCUGCAGACUGCGGGACCUGCUCGACCUGGCCAACGGACAUGUGGACUUAAGUCUGGAGAUCAUGGAUGGACCUGGAGAGAACGACCCAGACCUUGUCCCUGCCUCCCACCCUCGGUUUUGCGAGGCCAUCAAGACGGACCCAGCAGGUUACACCGCUCUGUUCACCAGAACAUUCCAGAACAAAACCUUCCACGUGUACCGGGUCAAGAAGAAACGCAAGAAAAGUGCCAAGACUUUGUCAGAGCCCGGUGCGACUCAAUAG